CCGAGGCGGGGCAGGGCUUCUGGACACGGCACUGGGCAGUUGCUUGGAAUCGCGGGAGUGGGAACGUGGGGUGCAAAACGGAAUCCCUUUUUCGCGGCUGGCUUCCGGCACCAUGGCUCAAAGGGCCUUCCCGAAUCCUUAUGCCGAUUAUAACAAAUCUCUGGCCGAAGGCUACUUUAAUCCUGCUGGGAGGCUGACUCCUGAGUUCUCACAACGUUUGAACAAUAAGAUUCGAGAGCUGCUGCAGCAAAUGGAGAGAGGCCUAAAGUCAGCAGACCCUCGGGAUGGCACUGCUUACACUGGCUGGACAGGAAUUGCUGUGCUUUACUUACACCUCCAUGAUGUGUUCGGAGACCCUGCCUACCUGCAGAUGGCGCAUGCCUACGUAAAGCAAGCCCUGAGCUGCUUGUCCAAGCGUUCCAUCACCUUCCUGUGCGGGGAUGCAGGCCCACUGGCCGUGGCUGCUGUGGUGUAUCACAGGAUGAACAGCGAGAAGCAGGCGGAAGACUGCAUCACCCGGCUAAUUCACCUAAAUAAGAUUGAUCCCCAUGCUCCAAAUGAAAUGCUGUAUGGACGAGUGGGCUACAUCUAUGCUCUCCUCUUUGUGAAUAAGAACUUUGGAGUGGAAAAAAUUCCUUACAGCCAUAUUCAGCAGAUUUGUGAAACAGUCUUAACAUCUGGAGAAAACCUAGCUAGAAAGAGAAACUUCACAGCAAAGACUCCACUGAUGUAUGAAUGGUACGAGGAGUAUUAUGUGGGGGCUGCUCAUGGCCUGGCAGGAAUUUACUACUUCCUGAUGCAGCCCAGCCUUCACGUGAGCCAUGCAAAGUUACACAGUUUGGUCAAGCCCAGUGUAGACUAUGUCUGCCAGCUGAAAUUCCCUUCCGGCAAUUACCCUCCUUGCGUGGGCGAUACUCGAGAUCUGCUAGUCCAUUGGUGCCACGGCUCCCCUGGUGUAAUCUACAUGCUCAUCCAAGCGUAUAAGGUGUUCAGAGAGGAGCAGUAUCUCAGUGAUGCCUAUCAGUGUGCUGAUGUGAUCUGGCAGUACGGCUUGCUGAAGAAGGGGUACGGGCUGUGCCAUGGCACCGCAGGAAAUGCCUACGCCUUCCUGACGCUGUACAACCUCACGCAGGAUAUGAAGCACCUGUACCGGGCCUGUAAGUUUGCUGAAUGGUGCUUAGAUUACGGAGAACACGGAUGCAGAACACCAGACACCCCAUUCUCCCUCUUUGAAGGAAUGGCUGGAACAAUAUAUUUCCUGGCUGACCUCCUAGUGCCCUCGAAAGCCAGGUUCCCUGCAUUUGAACUGUAAAAGCAAAGCCUGCCUCUUGCAACUCACUGCAUGACCCUUUCUGUAUAUCAAACCUGCACUAAGUGCUAUCAUUGCUUUUCAAGGAGAGUCAAACUAUGUACUUGAGUUAGUUGAUUUUUUUUUUCAGAAUUUGUCUUUAGUUCAGGUCUUUUCUUUAUCAUUUACUUUUAUUUUAAAAUAUCCAAGGGAAUGUUUUAACUUCAGUUUCUUCCUAAAGGGAGGCUGGGCGAUAUGUACUGUAUUUUGAGGGUAUGUGUAUAUAUAGUUCAGAACUUGGAGGAAAUCUUAACUCUAAGCUUAUAAAUAUAACAGUCUGUUACUUACUCUUCUAAAAAUGUAUCAAAGAAACUAAAUGUAGAUAAACGAAGAUAAAUAUAUGGUAUUGUAGGACAUCGCCCUUCACCUCUGCUCUUUUGUAUUUUUUCUCCGAUAGGACAAUUUUAUGAGUUUGCUUUUCUCUAAGUGGUUGAUUAUGAAAGGGGACAAAAGUAUAACUGUAUGCUUCCAGGACAAAAACUGCAAGAGUUGCAAACUGGGUUAGGGACGUAAAUAGCAUUUUUCAAAUGCACGAUGCUUAUUUAAACCAGAGAUAAACAUACUUUCAAAUUUUCCUCUUUUUGUUAGUAAAGCAUCCAGGCUCUAGCCAACAUUUUAAUCAAAAACUUCUAAAAUGCAAUGCCAUUGUGAAAAUUCUGAUUUGAAGGUUAGUUGAAGAUAAGCUAACAAUAAUAGUUUACGUUUUCUCUAAAAUAAGCUAGUGUGUUUUGGAACUAUUUAUUUCAAUUUGCUUGUUCUCUUGAACUGGUAGGAGUUCAGGAAACCAGUGCUCAGUGUAACUAUGUUGAGAACUAGGGUUAGAGUCCACGCUGCCUGACUGGCCCUCUCAACUUUGACUGAUUUUGUAAUGACUGUGCUUCCUGCUGACUGAUGCAAGCCAUAUUUUCCUUUCUAUCAAUCUGCCUGGACAGUGGUCUUUUCACUAAAUAGCACGGCACUCUACCUCCCUUUAAAAGGAGGGAGGGUUGAUUUUAUAUAUACAGUAUAUAUCAAUUAACUUGAACAAAAACACUAAGCUUUUGAUAGAAACCCAGUAACGCUUGGAACAAAUGGACCCUGCCUCUUUGCAUGUGUUAGGUUCAGCAUUCAUCAGUUUCUGAGCCCCCAGAAUCCGGGAUUUACACAGUAGACGUUGAAUCCCUGUGCUUCACGUUCUGUACAAAUGUUUUGACUCUGCAGCUCACACUCCGCCUCC